AUGAGCCACAUAUUGUUGCUCCACCUUACGCUUUUUACAACUGCUGCCGCCAUGAUCAGCCAUAACAGCAGCAGCAAUGGAUCUCCAAAUCACAAGCUGCUCAUUGGCUUCCAGGCUCCCUGGAACGUGUCCUUCCCCUUCAGCGCCCAACGGCUGGGCUCGGCUAUUCAGAUAGCUGUGGAAAAGGUGAACAAGAACCGCUCCUUCCUGGGCAACUACAGUCUGGAUAUUGUGUACAAGGACACCAACUGUAAUCCCAAAGUGUCCCUGGGAGGAUUCAUCCAGCAGGUGUUGAGAGAAAAUGUAACAGCUCUGUUUGGUCCAGCAUGUCCCGAGGAAGCAGAGGUCACUGGUCUUAUUGCAUCAGCGUGGAACAUUCCCAUGAUUGGCUUUGUGGGCCAGUCCUCCAAACUUGAAGACAGUGAAAUGUAUGACUCCUAUAUCAAAAUCAUGCCCCCUCUUAAAUGGAGCUCAGAGGUUCUAGUGAAAACCCUGGAGUUCUUCGGGUGGAGACACGUGGCAAUGAUCGGAGGGGGGUUGAACACAAACACCUGGGAGAAAGUGGAUGCUUUGUGGAAAACGGUGGAGAAUCACCUCAGAACUCAUUUCAAAUUGACCACAGAAUUGAAUUUUGACACAAGUAAUCCUGAUCUCCUUUAUCAGAACAUCAAGCACAUCUCAACAGUGGCCAGAGUUAUUGUGGUGAUAACAAACAGAGAGGACUCCAUGGCUCUGCUGCUGGAGGCUGAGCGUCAGGGUCUUAUGAAUGGCGACUACGUGUUCUUCCUGAUGCAGCAGUUCGAGGAUAACUGGUGGAAAAGUGCCCUAAAUAGCAGGGUAAGCCAGGAUGUGACAAGAGCGUUUGACAUGACAUUUGUUAUUGGCCAGAAGUCCUACGAAGGACACGAGUACUAUGAUUUCUUCAAACAGGUUUUUCAAAGACUGAAAGGACAUCCUUUUUGGAGUAACCUGACAUCUGAAAGUGAGGUUAGCCCCUAUUCAGUUUAUCUCCACGAUGCAGUACUUCUUUAUGUGAUGGGACUGAAGGAAAUUCUAAAAGAAGGAAAAGAUCCUCAUGAUGGCCGACAGCUUCUGGAGAAACUGAAAACCAGAGAGAAAAUUCGAUUUCAAGGUGCCUCUGGACUAGUUCACUUUGAUGAACAGGGGGAAAGAUGUAUGGACUAUUCCAUUUAUGAUCUGCAGCGUGUAGGAGGCAGCACCAUGUUUGUGCCUAUCCUGAAUUUUGAAAGCCAAACCAAAAGUGUCAGACCGACACCUAUGUAUGCUUCUGUCAUUUGGCCGAAGGGAAAGCCUCCAUCUGAUGUGCCAGAAUGUGGUUUCAAGGAUGAGCUCUGCGAGUGGCUGACCAAUGAAAUUGCCCUGUUGGCUGUCCUUGUGAUCUUCCCCCUCAUCGGUGUAGUGGCGGUUUUGUGGAUUGGGGUUCUCAUGCUUCAAAAGUUUCGGCUACAGACAAGGUUGGAUGACUCCAACUGGUGGAUAAUCAACUACAGUGACAUCACCAUCAUCAGGGAGCCCCUAGGAAAUCAGGGUAUAUGUCAAAGCUCUACAGGUAGUCACAGCGGGAACAGCAGCUGUCAGAGCAACUUUUCCAGCCACAGUUAUGAUCUGAGGGACAAAACCGGCAGAGAGCACAUCUAUACAACCAUAGGCCUCUACCAGGGAAAUCAGGUGGCCAUCAAGUACAUCAAGAACUAUAUAAACUGUAAUUUCCAGAAACCUUCAGUCAUUGCAGAAUUUAAUCUGAUGAAGGAGAUGAAACAUGAAAACUUGGUGCAGUUCUUUGGUGUAUGCAUUGAGCCACCAAACAUCUGUUUGGUAAUCCAGUACUGCAAGAAAGGCAGUCUUGAGGAUGUUUUUGGGGCUUCAGAUGUUGAUCUGGAAUGGAUGUUUAAGCUCUCAUUUGCUUAUGACAUUGUUAAUGGAAUGGACUUCAUUCACAACAGCACCCUUAAAUUUCAUGGAAACCUGAAGCCCAGUACAUGUCUGGUGGACAGCAGACUACAAAUCAAGCUCUCUGGUUUUGGCUUAUGGGAGUUUAAAUAUGGAGGAAAAAACAAGCUCAGCCUAAUGGAAAAUCCUGAUUAUGAAGAUCUGUACUGGACAGCCCCCGAGCUUCUAAGACAGGUUGGACUUCCAUGUAAUGGGACACCCAAAGGAGACAUCUACAGCUUUGCCAUCAUUAUGUGGGAGCUCAUGUAUAACUCUAAAGGUGGCCCAUACCAAGACAUCAACCUAGACCCAAAAGAGAUUAUAAUGCAGUUGCGGACACCUUUCCAAGGCGAACCUCUCAGACCAGUGCUGUGUGAGCAGCUGUGUGAUGAGAAGAUCAAUGCAUUGCUCAGAUCCUGUUGGAGCGAAAACCCUGACCACCGACCACCUUUUGGAUCUAUACGGAGAAGACUGAGGGACAUAAGUCCAGAGAGCCAUACAAAUAUCCUCGACAACAUGGUGGACAAGUUGGAGAAGUAUGCAAAUCACCUGGAGGAAGUGGUGGAGGAGCGGACCAACCAGCUCACAGCAGAAAAAGCCAGAGCGGACAAACUUCUCUCUAGCAUGUUACCAAGAUAUAUUGCAGACCAGCUGAUGUCAGGAAAGUCAGUGGAGCCACAAAGCUACGAUAUGGUGACAAUCUUCUUCUCAGAUAUCGUGGGCUUCACCUCCAUGUGUUCUUCCAGCUCGGCAAUGGAGGUGGUAACUUUCCUGAACGAACUCUACAGUCUUUUUGAUGAUACCAUUAAGAUGUAUGAUGUCUACAAAGUGGAAACCAUUGGUGAUGCUUACAUGGUAGCUAGUGGCCUUCCUAUUAGUAAUGGCAACAAGCAUGCUUUGGAGAUAUCCAUGAUGGCUCUACACUUUCUAAGUGCAAUUCAGGUCUUCAGAAUCCCUCACAAGCCAGAUGAGAUCCUUGCAAUUCGCAUUGGCAUUCACUCUGGUCCAGUUGUUGCGGGAGUGGUGGGAACCACUAUGCCUCGCUAUUGCCUCUUUGGUGAUACAGUAAACACAGCCUCACGCAUGGAGAGUAACAGCUUACCACUAAGGAUUCACAUAUCUCAGUCUACAGCAGACAUUCUUUUUCAAGAUGGAUCAUUUGAGAUGAAAGAAAGAGGGGAUGUCGAAAUGAAGGGUAAGGGAGUCCAGAAGACCUACUGGCUUUUGAGCAAAACUGGAUUUAAUCCUACUUUCAAUUCCCAAAGUUUAUUGCAAGGUGACAGCCUUAAGGUGCAAAUGGAGAAACACGGAGUAACCAGAUCUGCAGUCCCAAAGUCCCAAAUCAUCCAUCCCAAAUCAUCAAUGACUACAGUCCAUGUUUAGGCGUUGUAUGAAGAAGCAGGAGUAUCCUGAGAUGAUC